ACCAAGAAGGCGUCGGCCUCCAGGUGCGCUGCCUGCACCGCCAUUCCGACUUGCGUCGUAUUUCGGGAGCCCCCCGCCGCGGCUCCUACUCCCGAGGAAGGGGCAAAGGACUAAUAAUCGGCCUUCAACUCGACCCUUUCUCCGCCCAAAGCUAGCUACCAACCCUUCCGCCUAGGCCCGUGUCUCCCGGACAACGCCAACUUCCGGCCCGUUUACGGAAGUGCUCGGUCAGGCCCGGACAGAAGCGUUCUUAGGUUCCACCGGCGUCGCUAGCCCAGUUCCCUGGACAUGGCUCAGAAAGACCCCUGCCAGAAACAGGCUUGUGAAAUCCAGAAAUGCUUGCAAGCCAACAACUACUUGGAAUCUAAAUGUGAGGUCGUUCUCCAGGAGAUGCGAAGAUGUUGCGCCCGGUAUCCCAGGGGCAGAUCCGUCUCAUGUUCAGGGUUUGAGUUACAGGAAAAAGAGAAACAGAAGCAGAUAUUGGCUUCCAACGGAUUUCGCAUCCCGCAGCCCUGAGGAAGCACUAACGUCUGGGGGAGUGGAAGCUGUUCCUGCAAAUUCCGUCGCUGCGCUAUACCUCAUCUGUACUGCUUGCAUUGACACAAAGUGCAAGCGGCUCCUCUUUUGGACAUUUAGAGAAAACAACAGCCUGUCUGUUUAGGGCUGCUAGUAGUUCUGUCAAAAUGCGUCAGCACUGUAUCCUUGUUGUGGAUUAGACUGGAAUAGAAUAACUUGGUGUGUUAAUGUUGACCGUCACCUAUCCUUGUCAAGUAGCAAUAUUUCACUCAUGGUGAAAUCCAAGCAGCCUUUUUGCUAGAAUUUUAAGUUUUGCAGACAAUCUUGUUAGCCAUGGAACAGCAACGUUCAGCUGCAGAAACUUUACUGCUGUGAAGUCAACCCUUCCUAGUCUGCUCAGCAAUUAUAGUCUUGCUUCUGCCUCUUUGCUGUGUGGAAGUACGAUAUACUGACAGCUAAAGUUCCAGAGAACUUGGGCUUAUCCUCUUUUUCGGCUGAGCCAUAGUUAGGUUACCUGCGUGCCUCAGUUUCCUCAUCUGCAAAACAGGACAAACUACUUCUCCUUUGGACUGUAGAUAUAGUAGCACUCGAAUCCAAUUGCACAAUAUUAAUUUAUGUGGAUGCUGUUGUGAAAGCAGCUGAUUUCAGGGAUAGUUAUAGAGUGGUGUCUUCUCUCCCCCCCCCCAUAAAGCAAUAGUCACUUUAUGGAAAACUAGAGUGGUGGAAGAGGUAUUUUUAAAGUCCCCCACUCUGCAACUUGUGUGAGCAAAGCCUCAUUUCAAUUGGAAUGUGGUUGUAGCACCUCCUGAGACCUUGCUGAACAGAUCCUGCAGGAUUUGAGCAUCCUUUACUGCUCUGUCUUCAAUCUAGUACCUCUCAGUGUUUGAAGUAAUUUCAAGACCACUACAAUGUUCUGUGUGUAUCGUAGGCAGGCAUCACCAAAACCAGUGAAACGAUCUGUGAUUGUCUUCUUAAAUUCCAUGCUGCAAAAAUGAAUAAAUGAUCUGAACAA